AUGCUUGCUGCUAAACUUGACAAGAAACAAUCGUCACAGUCGAACCACAAGACACAUGGACUUGACUACAACUUACCUGCUCACAGGACCGCUCUGUUCACAAAGAAACCCUCAUAUGCUAGACUGUUUCGGCAAGAGUGUGCACGUCUGUGCGUGCGGGAAGCGAUACUCACACUACCCCUCUCUGUGGCGGCACCAGAAGUUCUUCAGCUGCUCUUCUCAAGUAGAUCAGUGGCGAUGCCAGCAAUGUACAGCUAUCUGCAAGAACAGACAAUAAUCCGCUUUAUGAUUUUGGAUCUCAUCUUGUUUGCGGGUGUGGUGAGUCUUUCCCGAAUAAGUCUUUGUACACGACUCAUCGCACCGCCUGUCAUUCCCCAUUCAGCUGCCAACUCUGUGGAAGAGUCUACAACGCCCCUGUAUGCCUGUAGCUGCGGAAAGAUCUACCGACACAUGACAUCUCUCCAAAAACACCAGAGGCUGCGAUGUGGGGAUAAACCUCCACAGUUCCCCUGUGGACUAUGCAUGAAACACUCCCGUAGCCUUGUGCUCCAGGAGGCGCUGUCUGACGGCCAGUACGUCUGCCCCAGCUGUGGACGUGUCUACCGUAACAGAUGCUCCUACACACGUCACUACGCGCACGAGUGCGGUCGUGUGCCCCCCUACGCUUGCACUGUCUGUGGGAAGUCCUUCAUGCGUUGUAACUCGCAGAUAUACAGUGAAGCAGUGUAUGUUUGUUCCAACUGCCCACGCAAGUAUCGCUAUCCGGAGAAUCUAUCAAGGCAUCUUCGCUAUGAGUGUGGGGUGGAACCUCGGUUCUCGUGUCCUCAGUGUUCAUACAAGACCAAGCAUCGGUACAGCCUCACACUGCACUUGAGGAGGAAACAUGCCUCGGAAUGUUGA